AAUAAGAAUAUCGAAUGAAAUACGGAUGACAAUCUGGAUAUGAAUUUGAAAUCUAAAUGGCUCUUCUUCGGAAUACUAAUUACUAUCCUCCUUGAAUACGGUUUCACUAGAUCGAUUACGGAAGACGACGAAGAGUUCGGUGCAUUGAACAUCGAUACACCAUCUUCUCACGUAGCUCUUUCGGGAGACCUUACGGUUCUUGUUGUAAACUCAGACCCGAUAUUGAAAGAAACGAAGCAAACAAAUGAAUUAGAGAAGGAGAAGAUUGAGAAUUUCUCCAACGAACUGCCUUUAUUGCGAAUAUUGUACCUCCUCGAUAACAUAUCAGAAUUAGUCGGUGAAAUACGAUUAGAGAAACUGCCGUCGAGAAACGAAACCAUUUCGAUUAACAUUCCCUGCGGAUAUUUCACUCGCGGCGGAAUUUACGCUCUGCGAGUAGAGUACAAAUACAAAAAUUCUUCAGUGCCUACUACCUCCCUCUAUCAGACGAGUAAAAUAUUGAACGUGAAGUGGCCGACACCUAAAAUCUUUUUAGAGUCUCAACAAAUUGUUACUUAUCCAAACAAACGCUUUACGAUCACUGUAAAAUACGAUGGAACAAGUUGUAGUCCGACGGAGAAUGUUCCUGUAGCUGUUUAUAUUUUACAAUUAAUAUAUUGCGGGUCUAGCGUGACCGCUUGUUAUUUACAGAAUAACACUCAUACUCAAAUUUUACAUUACGAAGAAAUAAGAGGUUUUAUACCGCCAAAGACUAUACUUUUACAGUGUGAAUUUUUCGGAUUACCUGGAAAUUAUUUAAUCAGAUUGAAAGCUUCUAGCGCGAAUCCGACAGCACCAAAUACCAGUGUAUAUAUGAAGGUUAAUUGGUCAGAAGAAUUUAAACUAACGGUCCAUGCAAGAUCGAUAUAUCCUUGUGAAGGAUUGGGAGGUGUAGCCGUCCUUUUCGAAUAUCCUUCCUGCCGACUAGAAGGUGAUCGUGUACGUGUUUAUGGUCGUUUGAAAGCCGACGUUACCUCGGUUGCUUCACCUUCCAGUCUUCAUUACAUCACGGAAUCCAGAUCGAUACCUGGCAAACACUCGUUAACUUUUGAUUGCGACCUUUUUACGGAGAAAUUUGUCGAAUACUGUUUCGUCUAUGUUAGUCAAGCUAUCACGGGUGCCAUGAUGGACGUUACGAUAUCUUGCAUACCAACGUUUCCUUUUCAAGAAGGCGAUAUUGCUGGGUGGGGGCCAUGGAGCUCUUGGAGUCCUUGCAGCAGCUCCUGUUUCGGAGGAAUUCGAAAUCGUUAUCGUUUUUGCGAUACCCCUCCUCCAAAGUAUGGAGCAAAAUUUUGCCAGGGCAAGGCGAUAGAAACGGAAUUUUGUGGGUAUAUGUUUUUGGAAGGCUAUAGCAAAAAUGUGUUGCACAAUCGAAUCGAAAGUUCCGAAUGUCACGGUGCAGCUUUGGCCGCAACAAAACCAGAAGUCGCAGCUGAAAUAGGGUCGCAAUGUCGAUGUGGAUGUCGAAUCAUGCUGCAAGGAAAAGUCUCCAGAAAAAUACUCGCAGCCAAUACCCAAGCAUGUCCUGGUCGAUCAUUUUGGCUCUUACAGGCAAACACGAAUUUCGUGAUUGGAUUGCACUUGGAUCAAUUACAAUUUCCCUGCUUAGGGCAAUACUUUCGUGUACGGGACGGAAAUUCUUUAAACGCCGAUCUCUUAUCCGAUAUUUCUUCGGAUAAAAUACAAUAUACCGCGAGGACACUGAUCAGCUCCAGGGAAAAUUUACUAUUGGAAUUUUUUAGCGACGAACUCACGGCAUCCGGAGAUACUUGCAUCGGUGGUUUUCUUGUUCACGCGGCUGUACUAGAUAAAAAAUAUUUAGAAAGGAAUGGAAGCGUAACCGUCGUGCCUUCUGACAUAAAUUCAACGAACAUCGAGAAAGAAUGGAUAUUUUGGAAACCGGCGCAUUUAGUAACUGCCUUGCUUUUGAUACUUAUGUUUAUCAUUUCAAUUUUCUUGACCUUGCAGUUCAUCAUAAAAUACAGAAAGUACCGAGUCGCCGAGGAUCUGGAUACUUUCAAUGACGUUUCCGAGUUAAUGCCGGGAAGAUUUCAAUUUCUGUCUACAAGUACAAUUAUCUCUGACAUGAUAUCGAUGAUAGAAGCAACUGUGAAAGAUUCUACGAAAGAAACUUUGUGCAACAAUGAAGAACAGUAUGAUAGUACCGAUACAUUAACCGGAUACGAUGCUGGCUCUACGCUGAGUUCCAGUACUUUAAAAUUGAAUAAUACUACGGAGACGUUUUCGGACAAUACUAUGACAUCAAUGAAAUCAAACUGUGAUAAAUUAUUAUUAUCUUCCAGUAUCCUCGUUUACAAUAAGCCGGAAGUUAAAUAUGCCUAUCCUGUAAAAUUGCGAAAAAUAGAUUCUACUAGCUCGGAAGAGAAGACAUUAAAUACAGAGAACGAGAAACUGCAAGAUAACACGAGUAAUAGUAGUUUAAAAAUAGAUCAGAACAAUGAAAAUAAUUGUUCUGGGGAGAAGGAAUCUGUUCUCGAAAGCGUCCUUUCGAAUGCCUCAAGUUUGGGGAGUGGAAAAGAAACGAAAGAAAGAAGAAAUCGCGAGAAACUUCUGCAAGGACCAGGCUCGGAAUUUAGUCUGGCGAAUCCUGAUUCGGAAUUGGAAUUAGAUUACUAUGAUUAUAACGUAGCAAACGCUAGUGCUGUCCCUGGGUCCUACUUGGGAAUGGACCCUGCAUUUUUAGUUUGGAUUCCACCGGUCGAGGAUUUCAAACUCGACACAGAGGAACUCUGUUUAGGAAGCAAAAGAAACUCUAUUCUGACUCACGAAACCGAAGGAGCCACGUUAACACCUUCCGAAUAUAGACGAAUGAAACUAUCUAGUUUCCAAGAUUUUAAAUUCGAAUUUGAUCAAGGAACGAGGACGUAUGAAAAAUUAUUCCCUGUACAAAAACUUCUUGUAGAUUCUAGUAUUAAAGUAAGCAUGGAGUCUGUGUCUGGCAUUCUUGAACAUAAACAAUAUUGCGUGUUUCCAAGCAGAAGAGUUCGUAUAGGUAAAGAGGAAGAACCAAGCGAGGAGCCUAAUCCUCCUAAAAGUAUCCUUGGGAGUCCCAUAAACAUACUCCACAACGACGAGAAUAAUAAAGAAAAGUUGAAUUCUGCUUCGAAGAAAGUUUUGCAAAAGGAUUUUCUGAACGCAAAAUACAGCUCCAGCCAGAAAAUGCUUUUCAAAACUCACGACGAAGAUAUAACGAACGUGGAGUGCAAAUAUAAACAAAUAAUGGAUUGCAACCAACCGUUCGAAAAUAAAAAGGACGCAGUGAACAUUCCCAUGACAGAAUUAUCGGGGAGUCCUUUACAAAAUUUUGCUCAUGUCCGAAAAUUAAAUAAUAAAGAUGUUGACGCUUCUGUAAAUAUCCAAAGCCCAGAUUAUGGCAUAGAAACACUUUGCAUAAAGAAGGGAUCUUUUUACGAUCUAAACAUUAGAUUUGUUGACGACGACGAUGAAGACUACGUCGAUUAG